GUGCCCUCUGCUCCGAGCCCUCCUUCUCUUUCUGUUUCUGUCGCCGCUCAUCCCUGUCUGUUCUCCCUCUCCUCCCGCUGCCUCUCUUGCCCCAAUUUCUGCUCCACGCUCCCCUGGGGCAGAGUCCCCCCCCCCAGUUCCUGGCCCCGGGGCCCAGGGGGAGAAAGUCCUGCUCCUGGAAGCCAUGGCCUUCCUGCCCUCCCCCGCCCAUGCCCUCCCCAUCUACACUCCCCUGCCCUCCCUGUGCCCACAGGAGGAAUCCACCCUGCUCAACCAAGAGUUUGCCGAGGUCUGGGGCCUCAAGGCCAAGGAACUGUUCGACCCAAUCUGGCAGAACUUCACCGACCCGAUACUGCGACGGGUCCUCAGUGGCGUGCGCAUUCUGGGCCCUGCCAACCUGCCCCUGGAGAAGCGGCAGCAGUACAACUCUCUGCAGAGCCACAUGAACAGAGUCUUCACUUCUGCCAGGGUCUGCUACCCCAACAUGAACGACAGCUGCUGGUUCCUGGACCCAGACCUCAUGCAUGUCCUGUCUGUCACACGAAACUACGGGCUGCUGCUGUACGUCUGGGAGGGCUGGCACAAUGCCGUGGGCAUCCCACUGAAACCCCUGUUCCAGGAAUUCACUGCCCUCAGCAAUGAGGCCUUCAAGCAGGAUGGCUUCGCAGACACAGGGGACUACUGGCGCUCCUGGUAUGAGUCGCCCACCUUAGUGGAGGAUCUGGAGAACCUCUUCCAUCAAAUAGAGCCCCUCUACCUGAACCUCCAUGCCUACGUCCGCCGCAAGCUGCACCAACGCUACGGGGACAGAUACAUCAACCUCAGGGGACCCAUCCCUGCUCACCUGCUGGGGGACAUGUGGGCCCAGAGCUGGGACAACAUCUACAACAUGGUGGUGCCUUUCCCUGACAAGCCCACUCUCGACGUCACCGAAACUAUGGUGAAGCAGGGCUGGAACGCCACACACAUGUUCCGGGUGGCGGAGGAGUUCUUCACCUCCCUGGGGCUCUUGCCCAUGCCGCCUGAGUUUUGGGCAGAGUCCAUGCUGGAGAACCCAAACGACGGGCGUGAGAUGGUGUGCCACGCCUCCGCCUGGGACUUCUACAACAGGAAGGACUUCAGGAUCAAGCAGUGCACACGGGUGGCUAUGGAGCAGCUGUCCACAGUGCACCACGAGAUGGGCCACAUCCAGUACUACCUGCAGUACAAGGACCAGCCUGUCUCCCUGCGCCAAGGCGCCAACCCUGGCUUCCAUGAGGCCAUCGGGGAUGUGCUGGCGCUCUCUGUCUCCACUCCUGUCCAUCUGCACAAAAUUGGCCUGCUGGACCAAGUCAUCAAUGACACAGAAAGCGACAUCAAUUACUUGUUAAAGAUGGCACUGGAAAAAAUUGCCUUCCUGCCCUUUGGCUACUUGGUGGACCAGUGGCGUUGGGCGGUCUUUAGUGGACGCACCCCUCCUUCCCGCUACAACUCUGACUGGUGGUAUCUUCGAGUCAAGUAUCAGGGCAUCUGUGCCCCAGUUAUCCGAAAUGAAACCCACUUUGAUGCCGGAUCUAAGUAUCACAUCCCACAUAUGACACCGUACAUCAGGUACUUUGUGAGUUUUAUCCUGCAGUUCCAGUUCCAUCAAGCCCUGUGCAAGGAGGCGGGCCACCAGGGCCCACUGCACCAGUGUGACAUCUACCAGUCCACCAAGGCAGGGGACACGCUCCGGAAGGUGAUGCAGGUGGGCUCCUCCCGGCCCUGGCAGGAGGUGCUGAAGGAAGCGAUCGGCACAGAUGCCCUGGACGCUCAACCGCUGCUCAACUACUUCCAGCCAGUCAGCCAGUGGCUACAGGAGCAGAACCAGCGGAACGGCGAGGUCCUGGGCUGGCCAGAGUUUCAGUGGCAGCCUCCGUUGCCCAACAAUUACCCAGACAACGUUGUUUUGGUGACGGAUGAAGUGACGGCCAGAGACUUUUUGGAGGCCUAUGACAAGAAAUCCCUGGUGGUGUGGAAUGAAUAUGCGGAGGCCAACUGGAACUACAACACCAACAUCAGCAGAGAGACCAGCAUGAUCCUGAUGGAGAAGAACACACAGAUGGCAAACCACACCGUAGAGUUUGGCACCCGGGCCAGGCAUUUUGACAUUACCUACUUCCAAAACACCACCCUAAAGCGGAUGAUAUACAAGAUUCAGGACCUAGAGCGGGCAGCGCUGCCUACCUCGGAGCUGGAGGAGUAUAACCAGAUCCUGCUGACCAUGGAAACCACUUACAGCGUGGCCUCCGUGUGCCUCCCCAACGGCACUUGUCUGCAGCUGGAGCCCAAUCUGACCAAUCUGAUGGCCACAUCCCGGAAAUAUGAAGAACUGUUAUGGGCGUGGAAGAGCUGGCGAGACAAGGUGGGAAGAUCCAUCCUCCCCUUUUUCCCCAAAUAUGUGGAACUCUCCAACAAGGCUGCCCGGCUCAAUGGCUAUGCAGACACAGGGGACUCGUGGAGAUCUAUGUACGAGAUGCCAACUCUGGAGCAAGAACUGGAGCGUCUCUUCCAGGAGCUGCAGCCGCUCUACCUGAACCUGCACGCCUACGUGCGCCGGGCCCUAAGAAGUAAUAUCUAUCUCUCCUGUCUCUUCCCCUACCCGUCUCCAGGGAACAUGUGGGCACAGACCUGGUCCAACAUCUAUGAUUUGGUGGUUCCCUUCCCUUCAGCCCCCAAGAUGGAUGUCACGGAGGCCAUGAUAAAGCAGGGAUGGACACCCAGAAGGAUGUUUGAGGAAGCAAACAAUUUCUUCAUCUCCUUGGGACUGCUGCCCGUGCCCCCCGACUUCUGGAACAAAUCGAUGCUGGAGAAGCCAACCGACGGGCGGGAGGUGGUGUGCCAUGCCUCCGCCUGGGACUUCUUCAAUGGCAACGACUUCAGGAUCAAGCAGUGUACCACUGUGAGCAUGGAGGACCUGGUGGUGGCCCACCAUGAAAUGGGCCACAUACAGUAUUUCAUGCAGUACAAGCACUUGCCUGUGACCUUCCGGGAGGGUGCCAACCCUGGCUUUCACGAAGCCAUUGGGGAUGUGCUGGCCCUCUCCGUGUCUACCCCCAAGCACCUACACAGCAUCAACCUGAUGAAUAGCGAUGGUGGCAGCUACGAGCAAGAUAUCAACUUUCUGAUGAAGAUAGCACUCGACAAGGUCGCCUUUAUCCCCUUCAGCUACCUUAUUGACCAGUGGCGCUGGAGGGUGUUUGAUGGAGGCAUCACCAAGGAGAACUACAACCAGGAGUGGUGGAGCCUCAGGCUGAAGUACCAGGGCCUCUGUCCGCCAGUGACCAGGUCUCAAGGCGACUUUGACCCAGGGGCCAAGUUCCACAUUCCUUCAAGUGUGCCUUACAUCAGGUAUUUCGUGGGCUUCAUCAUCCAGUUCCAGUUCCAUGAGGCACUGUGUCAGGCGGCUGGCCACAAGGGCCCCCUGCACCAGUGUGACAUCUACCAGUCCAAGGAGGCAGGGAAGCGCCUGGCGGACGCCAUGAAGCUGGGCUACAGUAAGCCAUGGCCCGAAGCCAUGAAGCUGAUCACGGGCCAGCCCAACAUGUCGGCCUCGGCCAUCAUGAACUACUUCAAGCCGCUGCUGGACUGGCUCCUCACCGAGAACGGGAGGCACGCGGAGCAGCUGGGCUGGCCUCAGUACAACUGGACUCCGGACUCCGCUCGCACAGAAGGCUCGUACCUGGGCAAUGGCCGAGUCAACUUCCUGGGCCUGAACCUAGAGGAGCAGCAGGCCCGUGUGGGCCAGUGGGUGCUGCUCUUCCUGGGCGUCGCCCUGUUGGUGGCCACCUUGGGCCUCACCCAGCGGCUCUUCAGCAUCCGCCACCACACCGUGCACCGGCCCCACCGCGGGCCCCAGUUCGGCUCCGAGGUGGAGCUGAGACAUUCCUGAGAUGAGGGGCUGAGCGGGCCAGCUGGGAGCAUCCGCCACUGAGACACUGGGAUAGGGGCCCCAUACCCCGGCUCCUCUCACUGCUCACCCCGCCCUCCCUCCUCCUCCUGCCCUGACCCUCCUCCCCUCCUGCCUCUAGUCCUGUGCUGGGAAUCCGUCCUUCAGAGCCAGAGCCACUGCAACCCCCGCCCCCAUCCCCCCGUCCCUGGGCACCAGGCCAUCUAACAAGGAACCCCCUCCCAGUCUCUCUGUGAAUACAAUUAAAGGUCCUGCCCUCCCAUCUGAGUCUGUGUCCCUCGCUGGGAAGUCAGGAACAGGGUCAGGGAUGCUCUCCCACCUCCUGGCAGUCAAACGGGUCACUUCAAUGGGUGUCCUCAUCCUCCUCCAAGAAGAGCCUGGGAAAAUGCCCCAGAGCUCUGGCCUGGGCACCACCCCGCAGCGCCCACGCCUGCCUUCCCUCCAGCCCAGGCAAUCAGCCAGUGUCCUGCCUUGGCAGUCAGCCCCUGCCUGGCCAGGGCACCAACCCAGGAGGACUCUGGGAAGCAGGCAUUCUGGCCUUCCCACCUCACAUUUCCAUGUGCUUUGGGAGUCCUACCCCAGCUGUUCCCAUAAAUGGUCAGGUCCCCAGCAGGGAGGCUUCCCUGGGGGAAGGUGCUUUGCAUGUUCCUGACUCAUUGAGGGCACAGAACUGGACCCAUGGCCACCUCCAGCUCCUACCCGCACCAGCUCCAUGUCCACUUACCAGUAUGUAAGUGGACGGAGCCGCUUGAGUAUUGCCCGUGGGGCCCACGGCCAAGUCCCUUUGCCCCCGCUGGAGGAGGGCCCUAAAUGCUGGCGCAGGGCAGGAACCAGAGCCCACCCAGCAAUUAACUGCCAGGAGCUGCCCCUGCCUGUGGCCCCAGCGCACGCCCUCACCCUGAGCCUCCCGUCAGAAGGCUGAUAUGGAUCUGAGGGAGUGUCAUUUUGAGGGACACAUUUUCAUAGCUUUUAUCUAUGUUUACUGUAGAAAAUUUGUAAAAUCCAGACUUUAAAGAAAUAAAAACCCUUUAUGUUGAUACCAAGA